GGGCAGGUGAAAAAAAGGUACAUCCAUUCUUGGCGGCCUCUAUCGAUAACCUCCGAUAACAGCCAGCCCAGCUUCACCCGCGCCUUUCUACGCUCCAUCUACGGAGUAGGGUCAUCUCAAUUUCCAUUCAUGCGGUCCAAUUCCGAGAAUAAGAUGGAGUAUAAUGUAAAGCGAAGAAAAAAAGAAAGAAAAAAUAGCGUAAUAAGACAUGACAAUCGUCAAAACAUAGCCUCCACCCAUCCAUACGGAUCACACUCUCAGGCCAGUCAGUCAGUAUAUAGCCCCGUGUCAUAUUCCCAGCCAGUCCAUACACAAGACAUCAUUCGUCAAUCCUGCCUGACAUCUCGUUCAGAUCGGCUCAGCCUUCCACAGCUCCUCCGGUGGGAUUACCCCUCUCUCUCUCUCGCACGCACUUUCACUCUCUCAAUAUUCUCUCGCGCUCUCUGCAUUUCUCCACAUCGCCGCAUCGUGUCAGCCCACGGACAACGCCUGGCUCUGGCGACGGUCGCGGAGGGCAUCCAACGGUCCAAGUGCCAACUGAUGCUUGAACCCGCAUUGCCCACCAUACUCAACCAAGUGUCUCAUCUUGUCUCGCCUCUAGCAAACAGCAAGGCGACGCGGUAGUCGCGGAUGAAAGGGAAACCAAAUGCGAACUUCACGUCUAGAAGAGGAUCUCUCCGCUGUGCUCGGGCUCAAAUCCCAAUGUCUGUAGCUUGCCCUGGCGCUUCUUGUCUCCGGUUUUCCGCGCACCAUCCUCCUUCUUCUUCAGCUCAAACACUUCCUGGAACGACGCUCUCUGAAUGUGGGGAGGGAUGUCAUCUUCCUUGUCGAGGUCCUGUAGCGGGGAAGCAAUCCUAUUAGUCACCUAACCCAGACACGAAACGGGAAAACCAAGAGCAUACAAUUUCGCCAAGAAGUAAUACGUUCUCGCCGCGAACGAGGAAUAUUCCGCGCGGGAUAUCGGCAUAGAGAUUUCCGGCAU